GCAGUCCCCAAUCGAUUCGCGCUUCCACCCACGCCUCGCCGGGCCUCGCACGCUUAAAUCACUUUCUUGGGCAUAAACUGCUUUUUUUGUGGGCCCGUCUGUCCAAGCUCAGUCCUUGUUAGCUCGACUCCGUCUUGUCGCCCUUUGUCGGAACGACACACUUUGAUCAACAUCCACUUUCCAAACCCCCAUCGCAACAUCACAACCGCCACCAUGUCCGAGCAAGUCGAUCUCACCACCAUCCCUAUCAGCCCCGAGGGCGGCAACACCAACGGCGACGCCGCCGUCAAGGACGACAAGACCGUCACCGUCUUCCACGACAAGGAGCACUUCAAUGUCAAGCACCCUCUCUCCAACCGCUGGACCCUUUGGUUCACCAAGCCCUCAAGCGGAAAGGGCGACAACUGGAAUGAUCUCCUGAAGGAGGUUAUCACCUUUGAGACGGUCGAGGAGUUCUGGGGUGUAUAUAACAAUAUCGCCCCGGUAUCAGAGCUCGCUCUCAAGUCCGAUUACCACCUCUUCAAGGAGGGCGUGCGCCCCGAGUGGGAGGAUCCCCAGAACAAGCACGGUGGCAAGUGGUCUUACCAGUUCAAGGAGAAGCGCAGUGUCAACAUUGACGAGAUCUGGCUGCAUACUAUGCUUGCUGCGAUCGGCGAGACUCUCGAGGACGAGGAGGACGGUGAGGUCAUGGGUGUUGUCGUCAACGUCCGCAAGGCCUUCUUCCGUGUUGGUGUUUGGACUCGCACUAUCGGCAAGCACAUUCCCGGCCGCGGCGACGGAGACAUUUCUGGCGGCAAGGGUAGGUCCCCUGAGAAGGGCAAGGAGAUCCUGAUGGCCAUCGGCCGUCGCUUCAAGGAGGUUCUCCAGCUCCCUGCCAACGAGGCUCUCGAGUUCUCCGGUCACACGGAAUCCGCUCACAGCGGCAGCUCUCGUGCUCGUGCCAAGAUGACCGUCUAAAUGCGGCCUCCAGUUCUGGCCAUGUCAUUGACAAGCUAAAGUCAAACCCGGCUUUAGCAGGCGGCUUCGUUUUCAUGCAUACAACGAGCCGCUUAUAAUAUCUACGACGUUCGAGAAAGGACGCCAUGCGGUCUUGGCGGCGGCAUACACGCAAACGACAACGCAUAGAAAUAUGGGAUAUCUCGUUGACGAAAAAGUUACCCGCUUCAUUUACUUGG